CUUAAUAACCGUUGAUAUUUUCCCAGCGAUGGUGGAUCGUCGAUCCAGAAUAAGAAGCAAUUCAGAUUUUUCCUUAUGGAUAUUUCACUGCAAGUGAACUAGAGACGGGUUUUGUGCACCUGACCAGUGGAGGAGUUUCCCAUUGGUGCUCUAGAAGUGGGUGCAUUAAAAUGUCGACGCUAACAGAGGAAUCGGACCUGGACCGGAGUAGCCCUACUGCAUAUGACGAUAUCGCACACAUAGAACUCCGACAACAGAAAAUCGAAAAGCAGCGCCAGCUAGUGGAACAAAAACAGAGACAGAAGCGUAGCAUGCCUGGUAUGGUGCAGGCCAAUGAUCAGCCGCGUCCAACAUCUGCACGACGAGGAAAGUCAGGGGGUAGCGCCCGCGACGAGACGAAACCUCUGAUGCAGUACAACAACAGCAGUGCACCUUCCUUACAUGGUUAUGAUGGUCCCCUCUCCUACUCACUCAGCAGUCCUGACAGUACAGCUACCACGGUACAGGUCCUACCAGUCAUUGGACAGAGCUCAGAUUUUGAUGAUGACGAUGAUUUUCAAGUACUUGACACAGAACAUAAAUUGGAGCAAAUGGGUCUCACUACGCAUGCAGAUUAUGAUCUGGAAGAUGAGGAGAGCACCCCAGUUAUUCCUGUAGACUCUCCUGAUGAUAAUUCUGGUGAUAUGACUCCUAUUGGGCAGACACCUGGCAUGGAGCAGCCGCUGGCAGCAAGUGGUGGAGCCAUGGCUCAAGUUGAUAUUGAUGACUUAGAAGCAUUCGUGUUGAAGCCAGCUCCACAAGGUGUCACCAUAAAGUGCCGUAUAACCAGAGACAGAAAAGGCGUCGAUCGUGGAAUGUAUCCUACCUACUUCUUACACCUCGAACGUGAUGAUGGGAAAAAGGUGUUUCUGCUUGCAGCACGGAAGCGAAAGAAAAGCACAACUUCAAACUACCUGAUCACCAUUGACCCCACAGAUCUCUCUAGAGCUGCUGAGUCUUAUGUUGGAAAGCUCAGGUCCAACAUGCUGGGCACAGCAUUUACAUGUUUCGAUAGUGGGGCUAACCCACGCAAGGGCAUUGUGGAUGGAAGCGAUCUGCGUCGGGAACUUGUUGCUGUGAUAUACGAGACGAAUGUGCUCGGAUUUAAAGGUCCACGUAAGAUGAGCGUCAUCAUUCCAGGGUUGAAUCUUGACCAUGAGAGAGUUGACAUUAAGCCUCGAUCGGUACGUACUGAACACGAUGGACUUGUAGAUCGACAUAAACGUAAAAACAUGGAGAACCUGCUGGAACUGCACAACAAGACACCGAUCUGGAAUGAUGACACCCAGUCGUAUGUGCUGAACUUCCAUGGGAGAGUGACACAGGCAUCUGUGAAAAAUUUCCAGAUAGUCCAUGAUAAUGAUGUUGACUACAUUGUGAUGCAGUUCGGCCGAGUAGCAGAAGAUGUCUUCACAAUGGACUUUAACUAUCCAAUGUGUGGUCUUCAAGCCUUCAGUAUUGCCCUCAGUAGCUUUGAUAGCAAGCUUGCAUGUGAAUAAAUGCCUCGCACCAAAUAUUCACUACGGCUCUGCACACACAGGUCACUCUGCCCUGCUUUUCAAUAUACGAUCCUGUAUCCAUAGCGAUUUUAUUUUCACUAUAUAGGUAAAUGUUUGAAAAUCCAUUCUCUUAUACAACUAAGAACGAGGAUUUACUUCAAGACGUAGUCAACAUUAGUGCAAUGAUUUUCUAACGGUUGUCGGAAAAUAUGUAGUUAUUUUCGUAUAUGGCCAUAGAAUCGCUGAAUAGUAUCAAAUUUAGUUUAGUCUAAUUGUCUGCGAGAGAUCCAGUAAAAGUGCACAUGCACGUGUCAUCGUAUGACUCGUCUUCAUGGGUCAAAAGUUUAUCAUUGGUAACCUCCUGUCAUUAUUUAUUGUAAAUUUUAAAAAAUCAGGCUUGUAAGAAUUAGGCAAGCAAGGUGGUGUCAUUGUGUGUACAUUGGAGCUCUCUAUUAUUAUGUCUGUAAAAUAUUUUUAAUAGCUGAUUCCAUCGAUUUACUGCGUAGUAUUCAAAAAUUGUAAACAAUCUUCAGUUUAUAUUUGCUGCUGCUUUAGUCUGAACAAAAUAUGUGGGACGGGAAGCUGUGAUCCCGUAGGGAAGCUCAUUGAUGAACAGAUAUCAUGGCCUGUUAGGAUGCUGGUGCCAUCAGCAGGUUGCACUUUAGGUGAUCACGGCCAAUCAGACGAAAUAUUGAGUGUUGUUGUACAGCAAGAAAGCAGAGUGACAAGAAUUAUGAACUGUUAGGUAAAGCGUUUAACUGCACAAGUUGCCUUUGAAUUAUCAUGUAAAAUUUCCAGUGUAAUAUACUUUUAAUAGUAGACUAGUUGUUAAUGAGUAAUAAUAAGUAAUGGCACAUUUGGCAUAUACAUUCGUGAGAGAACUAUAGUGAAAUAUAUAAAAGUAUUACCCAACCUAGUCAAAGAAUGUUAGUGAGAUGUAAGAAGUUUACAUCUAUGAUAAUAAGGUCCACGUGCGUGAAUAAAUACUAUAUAAAGGUUUAUUAUAGGUUAAUCACUAUUCACAAACUAGUGGAGGAGCCUAUACGGUUGCCUAAAUGUUAAGAGUAAGAGUCGGAUGUUUAUCUUGUGGAUGGGCCGGCAUGAGUUGUUAUGCAGACUCACUUUACUUGUUUUUAGGCCAGAUAUAUAAAAUUCCCAUUUGACAAGUCGUUGUCAAUAACUAAAGGCUGUUUCUAAGAUCACAGAGCUUUGAGAAAUGGUUGGAACGAAAUUUGACUGGCAGGCUGCAAUUUCAAACUUGCGAAGAGCUUCUAAGGCCUAUUCUGCUUGUAAGGAUAUAGGUUAGGGUAAACCUCCGGUUACUGUCCAGAAUGAGUUCCUUUCCAAAGACUCGUUCAUUCCCUUUUGUUAAUGGUUGGGAUUGUUCUCAAACUUUUUUGAGUCGUAUGUGCAUGGUGUUACCCCUGAUGGUAAUCUGGUCAGGCAAUGUUUGCGCACUCGUUUGAGUAGCUGUGAAUUUUAAUUAGCAGGCGUAGACGCGGUAUGAACGUGUUAAUAUGUUCACACUAGCCCCUUCUCCUGAACAUUCGUUUCUAAGUCACAGUCGGUUGCUCAUUACCGUAUUGUAUCAUUUCUCCUAUUAUGUGCAAUAUUUAUUGUUAACGCGUGCCUUAGUUAAUGUUUGUCGUAUUAUAUGGUGUAACAGUAAGCAUAUUUAACGUGUUUUUGUUGUUGCUUACGUAAGGACUACAUACAGCCUUACAACUACGUACCGAGAAAAAGCAGACAAGUUGUCACUACUAGUCGUUCCGUAAUCCGUUGUUGAUCAGUUGUGUUCAUGUCUACAUUGUGUUUUAUCGUUGGACCCACCUUUUUUAUAGUGUGAUCGGCGCCCUCUUCUGCGAGGUACAUGCAAAAUUGAGAGCUUAUAAACAAUCGGUUCUGUGUAGGAAUUUUUUGGCUCUGCCAUACCAAUCAGUUGGGGAUCGUAUAAGGUCGUACAGUUCCCCGAACAUAUUAUUAUACUAAAGAGUUAUUUUGUUAAUUGCGGAUAGAUAACGUGCGCGCAUCGCAUGUUUGGUGAAUACGAGUCAUCAGGAGAUGUUGGUGUUAUAAUGUGACAGCUACUCAGAGCUUAUGAUGACCUAUGAUGUUAAUAAUACUUCAUAUUAAUUUACGCGCAUGUCUGUAUAAGUGUGAAUAUGGCUGUAUGUGUGUGAUCUGCGUUCGCGCAUGCAGAAAAGCAAACAUGACAUUAUAUUAGAGUGUUGCAAACAAUUGCAAUUCGAUGACAUGUUAAAAAUAUCCGUCCAUUUGCUUUCUUAAAUGUACAUUUUUUAGAAACAAUGCAUCAAGGAGAGAAUAUCUCACUUCUGUAUGCCAUGUCAUAGUCUAUAUGCGCGUUAUAGAACUUGAUAAGCUACACAGAAAUGCCAUCGUGUUUUAUUUGUAGCAGCUGCUUGCAGAACUGUCAUCUGACUGUGCUGAUGGUUAAGAUUAAACUGUUGUGUCAGUGUUUUUAUUUAGCUUUAUAAAGCCCUAAUAGUCACGUUAACGGGACGUACAAAUUACCAAGACCAUUUAUGUAAUACGUCUGGGUCGUGAACGUGAAAAUAGUACUCAAGUAACUCUGGUGGGUGUACAUCUUUAUACAAAUGUAGUACAAUUUACAAAUGUACCCCGAAGCCAGAUUAUACAAACCUGGGAUCUGCGUUGGUCAAAUACCCUUGCACCCGUGCAUGAGCGGUCUCGUGACAUUUCAGCCGUCAUUCGUUCAGCUACAUUUCAUCCUUAUCCUAAAUCGUAUAAAAAUUGAGAAAACUGACUGAAUACGCGAAGGCGAUAUUAGCAGUAAAGGUAGUAAAUGUUACUGAUGAAAAUUAACAUGCUAAAUGUAGGUUGAUGGAUGGAGUUCUUGAUGACGAGGUUAGUCUCUCACAAGGAUAUAACGGCAGCUUGUUAACGUUAUAUAUGUAAGAAAUUGCAGAAAUUGCAGAUUUUAAAUGUAAGAAUGUUGAAGUUCAUGGUGCCGUAAUAGUUUAGUUUGAUUAACAGCCUAUCACAAUACAACCAGGCUAUAGUUUCAAUUUUGUCAAAUUGUCACAAGACACAUUACUAAGCGCGUGUAGAAGAAAUUCCAAAGAACAAGUGUGUGUUUAACAGUGCGUGUGCUGUGGGUCAUUGAAAAAACUUGAUCAAUGUUCGUACCACUAGCAUACCCGUUACAAUUAUGCGUAGAGUGGCGAUUUUGUGUAGUGGAUAUUUACAGCACAAAUCCUUUCUUCGUAGUAUAUUAUUUUAACUGUAAUUUUACGCCACCAAUGCCACGGAGGACAACUUUAUCUCGUCAUUUGCUACAUGCCACUCGUCGUUUAUUUGUGCAAUACGACGAGAUGUGACUCGAUGUGUAUAUUUUAUUGAGGAAUUGCAAACGGUGUUUGCCGGAAACCUUCAUUUCCGUCUCUACUCGACAACGCAAUCUGUGCAUGUUUGGUCAGUUAUGUGGCGCUGCUGCACGAUUGCUUGUGAGGAGAAUUUCUGCCUUGCUAUGGUGCAGCAGUUGCGGUGUCAGUCUGCAAUAUCCAUUCUGUAUUAUACAUGGAGUUUUUGUUGUGAUAUUAGUAAGCAAGUGAAAAUCCACUCAUCAAACUGGACGAGAUCAUUUCUAGCACGGCCAAAAGUAAUUAUGGCAAUCAAAAUUGUUGUUGAUUCGUGUAGCAACGUUCACUCUGUUGUGUUUAGAUUGUAAGCGAUGUAAUUGUAAUACAUGUUCUUUUCAAAUGUCACAAAAUCACGUUUGGCUUAUUUUU